CACAAAUAUUAAAAAUCACCAUGAAGAUCAUCGUAAUUGCUCUUGCUUGCCUGCUGGCAACCGUCAGUGCCCUGCCCAACCAACAGAGCAAGGAACUCGAAUUAGCCAUCAGAUCUGGAAACACAAGGCUGGUCACUGGUAGCAUUGUUUCCGCCAUCGAAAACGUGGCGCAGUCCAUCCGCGAUGCUGGUAUGGACCCUCUUGCCAUUAAUUCAGAAAUCGACUAUGCCCUGCCGGUGCCUUCCAUCUUCAACGCAAAGAUUGCACUGGAUGGCUUCCUGUUCAGUGGUCUCAGCAACAUCGUCAUCAACAGGAUGAACUUCGCUUUGUUGACCACUAGGCUGACUUUCAACAUUGAACUUCCGGAAGUCUCUACAAGCGUCGGUCUUGCUCAGUGGGAUGUGAACUUCUUUGAUAGGAACUUCAACGGUCUCGUCAGUGGACGUGUUGCUAUUAAGAACGUUGUCGUCACCGGCGACGUUCGCGUGAACAUUGGCAUCAUUUCUGGUAUCGGCAUCAGAAGUAUGGAAUUGACAUUCAGCUUGGGAAGCAUUGACUCUAACCUGAACGUGUUGCUGCAAGGAAUGAACCUUUCUCGUAAUAUCAACACCUACUUGGGCGAGACUAUUCCUGGAACCUUCAAUGCUUAUGGAAGUGAGAUCAACCAACUGAUAACUAUGGUCGCCCUGGAAGCCGUCGAAAAAAUUUUGUAAAUAAAU